AUGCAUCUUUUAGGCGAACUAGCCAAUGUAACAUGGUUACGUUUAGAAGAUUUACUUAAGGAUUUAGAUGAACCUGAUAAAGAACGUCAAGCAUUUGUUAAUGACACUCGACAAUUUUUUGAACAACGUCUUUCAAUUUAUGAACAAAAACGAAAUGAAUUAGAAAAUUCUAUUAAAAAUUUAACUGAACAAAUGUAUCAAUUAUAUGAUGAACUUCAACUACCACGAAUAACAUUUGAUAAUAAUCAAAUGACAUUAAUUGAAAAAAGAAAUUAUAUUAAUGGAAAAAUAGAUGAAUUAAAAAAUAUGAUAUUAGAACGUCAUAAAAAACUUAUUCAGUUACGACAAUUAAUUAAUAUUAAAACAAAAUUAUGUGGAAAUAUUAAUAUUAAUAUUGAUGAGAUUACUUCGAUUGCUCAAGCUAAUUCGACUUUAUCCGAAGUAACAAAUCAAUUGAACAAAUUAAAAGAAGAUAUUCGUAUUCUUCUUGAUAAAAUCUAUUCUUUAAACCCUGAAAUAACUUCAGAUCAUCUUAAUCUUGCUAAAUCAUUUCUAUCUCUUAAAGAUGAGAAUGAAUCAUCUUGGCUUACUAAUCAUUAUCCAUUAACCGGUAGUUCAUUACAUUCUCAUCUGAUUACUGAAUAUGAACAUUUACGAGAAAUACUUCUUGCUGAAGUUAUUUGUCUUCGUACUGAACUUGAUCAAAAAGAACCACCAUCUCCGUAUGAUUUAAAACAAGAAUUAUCAAAUUUACGUUUACGUAAAAGAUAUUUAUCUUUAUUAUCGGGUUUUCCACAUAAUCUAACAUCACGUUCAAGUUUGGAUGAAAUUCGUCAAACUUAUGAAAAAUUAACAGCAUCAUUACGUGCACAAGCUCAUGAAAAACUAAAACGUCUAUGGGAUCAAUUAGAUGUACCAAAUGAUCAACGUAUUAUACCUAAAACACAAGAUAAUGAAGAUGAUUAUUUAGCAAUGAAUGAUGAAAUAAAUCGACUUGAAAUCUAUGUUGAAUCAAUUCGACCACUUCUAACUAAAAUUCAAAAACGAGAAUGGUAUAAAAAGGAAAUGGUCGAAUUUGAAAAACGUGCAGCUGAUCCAGCUAGACUACGUGGAAAUUCAACACAAUUACUUAAAGAAGAACGAUUUCAUCUUUCACGUGAAUUUCCAAAAUUAACUGAUGAUUUACGUCAUAUGGUUACUGAAUGGGAAGAAUCAACUGGAAAAAAAUUAAUUUAUGGUGGUGAAUCUUAUUUAGAAACAAUGAAUAAAGAAAAAUUAAGUGUAGAUUUUGAAUUAUUACAUUUACGUUUACUUACAAAAUGUCACAUUGUUGUACAAGGAACAACAGAUGAUACGAUAUCAAUCACAAGUAGUAUUCAAUCAGCAUCUACCUCACCACGCUCAACACCUCUUCCACCUCCACCAAUGUCUCCUCCUCCAAUACCAUCAACACAUAAAAUAACAACGAGUCGAAUACCAACAAUGAGUUUUAUAAACAGUAAUAGAAAAAUAAAUAAACACGCAUAA